AUUGUUCUAACUAUAAAUAUGUGCCUCUCCAGAUAUAGUCGUUCUUAAAUUAGGAGCUGUGGCCGAGGAUCGUGUUUUUUCAAACCAGGUUGACGUGCACAAAUGUAAAAAGACAUGAUCGAGUAGAGAAGCUGUGCGCCAACGGUGACGCUGUAGGCGCUGUUUUUACAGCUGUGCACAAGAACCAAGGGCGUAGGUUUCGGUUGGACUUACUAGCCAGUGGACUGUAUAAAUCGAAUUGUCCUUUGGGCAUGAAUACAGUUUUCUGAAUCUGAAUAUAUUGUAACACUCUCAAGUGACGAGGAGACGUGUUCUCUCUUUCGCCGUUCCCGGCUAUAUUGAUUGCAUAAUAGUGAUGUGUCGUUCGUGAACGUUUCGUUCAAAAUUAACUAAUCUUUUAUAUGACUCGGGAGUAAUGAGUCAUCUCAGUGAGUGAUUCGUUCAUUUUCAUGCAGUACCUUCCUUCGCCACAUGGCAGACAGCUGCAUAAGCUCAGUCAGCAGGACAGGAAACAGAAAUGAUUAGUUCAGGAUUCACUCAACUGAGUGGUUCGUUCGUUCAUUUUCAUGCAGUACCUUCCUUCGCCACAUGGCAGACCGCUGCAUACGUUCAGUCAGCAGGACAGGAAACAGAAAUGAUUAGUUCAGGAUUCACUCAACCGAGUGGUUCGUUCGUUUAUUUUCAUGCAGUACCUUCUUUCGCCACACGAUGGCAGGCAGCUGCUUAACCUCAGCAGGAAAGGAAACAGAAAUGAUUAGUUCAGGAUUCACUCAACUGGGCGAGCGUCGGUCCUUAGGUCACGUGACAGCUACCUAGUCACUGUUGUGCUGUUAAACAACAAUGGCAGAAAGGAUACAGGACACAAGUCACUUUAUUGAGUAUGUAAGGCAACGAGUGGAUCUGAGAAUCUUCUCACCAACCAGCCAAUACAAUACAUCUGGAAAACAAAGUGAAUGAAUGAAUGAAGCAAAUCAUCUUCACUACAACUGUAACCUGGUGAAAAAGACAAGGAGCUUGAAAAAUGUAACAGAGGAAGAAAAAAACAGCCUCAACCCUCAGCUUCACAUGAGAGAAAAACCAAGGUGCCUGACGGACAAGUCAUGGCCACAUCAACUGAGGACGAGUUUGUGACAGAAAGGCCAGACUCUCCUUUAAACAGCGGUGUUUCUUUAAAAAGUGACAGAUCCAUGGGCAAGCCCAUCAACUUCACUCAUGAUGAACAAAGCCAGUUUGUGACAGAAAGGCCAGACUCUCCUAUAAACAGCGGUGUUUCUUUAAAAAGUGACCGAUCCAUGGGCAAGCCCAUCAACUUCACUCAUGAUGAACAAAGCCAGUUUGUGACAGAAAGGCCAGACUCUCCUAUAAACAGCGGUGUUUCUUUAAAAAGUGACAGAUCCAUGGGCAAGCCCAUCAACUUCACUCAUGAUGAACCAGGCCAGUUUGUUACAGAAAGGCCAGACUCUCCUAUAAACAGCUGUGUUUCUUUAAAAAGUGACAGAUCCAUGGGCAAGCCCAUCAACUUCACUCAUGAUGAACCAGGCCAGUUUGUUACAGAAAGGCCAGACUCUCCUAUAAAAAGCGAUGUUUCUUUAAAAAGUGACAGAUCCAUGGGCAAGCCCAUCAACUUCACUCAUGAUGAACAAAGCCAGUUUGUUACAGAAAGGCCAGACUCUCCUAUAAACAGCUGUGUUUCUUUAAAAAGUGACAGAUCCAUGGGCAAGCCCAUCAACUUCACUCAUGAUGAACCAGGCCAGUUUGUUACAGAAAGGCCAGACUCUCCUAUAAAAAGCGAUGUUUCUUUAAAAAGUGACAGAUCCAUGGGCAAGCCCAUCAACUUCACUCAUGAUGAACCCAGAAAAGGAUCAGGGUCUUCUGCAGCCAGCAGUGCUUCUAUGGCAAGUGACAGGUCUAUCAGCAAACCUAUCAACAAAGAUGACCAACCAAGUUCUUUCCAGUCACGUCGUCAAAAGAGAACGGAUGACCCUCUCAACUUCAUCCCUAACCCUGAAGAAUAUGAAACAAAUGACCAACACAACACACUGCCAGCACUCCUGAAGAAGAGAAUCCUCAGAAUGUAUGGGGAUGACUAUGGGGAUGAGAGUAAAAACAAAUCCAACACAGACCUCUUUGAGAUAAAAGCUGCCAAAAAAAAGAAUAAGCAACUGAAAAACUACAAUAAAAUAUUCAAACCUUCAAAGGACCAUGCAAUGCGAACAGUGCUGACAAAGGGUGUAGAUGGAAUAGGCAAAACAUUCAAGACAAAGCAGAUGAUUGUUGACUGGGCAAAAGGAAAAUCCAACAAACACAUUGACUUGAUAGUGACAUAUGAUUUCGAUGAACUAAAUUCAAAAAGAGACAAGUUUCAAAGCAUGGAAGAUCUCCUUAAUAAUUUUUUCGGUGACAUUGAACAACAUACAGUUCCCAUCUAUGGUGAAUUUAAAAUAGCCUUUGUCCUCGACGGCCUGGAGAAAUGUGAACUUGACCUUGACUUUGAAAAGAAAGAGGACUUGACUGACAUAAAAGAGCAGGCCUCAAUCGAUGUGCUGCUAACAAGCCUCAUCAAGGGGAAGCUGCUCCCCUCUGCCCGACUCUGGAUCAUCACUCAACCUUCAGGAGUGGACAAGAUUCCACCUGAGUAUAUUCACAAAGUGACUGAAUGUCGAGAGACCUCAGAGCGCAGAAAGCAGCUGAUAUCAAAACUAUGGGAAAGAUAUUCUAGAGAAAAUGCUCAAACUAGAGAUGAAACCCAUCCUAACCAAGAAAAUAUCGAACACAUUAUUAGAGAAAACAGUGCUGGUGAGGUUGAAGACAAAAAUGAAAAGACACUGCCAAGGUCAGUGACAAGAGUAGAUAAGAUAUCUGAUAUCUUCAAUGAUGAAAAAAAGAAGAAAAUCAAGAAGGUGUUGACAAUCAAACAACCGGAUAUUGGCAAAACCUUCUAUGUGGAGAAAUUCAUUGAAGAGUGGACUAAAAAAAACAAGUCAUGGUUAGGUUUAAAAUCUUUUAAAGAUGAGGAACUUCUAUUUGCACUGAACCUCAGUCAACUUAAUUCGAUAAAAGACAAAACACCCAGCAUGAGAGAACUUAUUAAUGAGUUCUUUCAGGAAACCAAAAAGUCAGUAAUCUCUGACUAUGAAAGUUUCAAAGUUAUAUUUCUCUUGGAUGAACUGGACUCCUGUCAACUUCCUCUCGACUUUAAGAGUGACAUGAUUAAAGAUGUCACAAAACGAGCACCUGUGGGUGUGCUCCUGACAAACCUCAUCCAAGGAAACCUGUUCCCUUCUGCCAAACUCUGGUUAAUCUCUGGACCUUCACCUCUGAAAGAUCUGCCCGACGGCAUAUUUGACAGGACAACAGAAAUACGAGAGAAGCCUGAUGUCGCAAGUCAAAGGAAACUUAAAUCCCAGCUGAAGGAGAAAUAUACCUGGGUAGGAGAGGGGAUUGAUCAGCAGAAAACGUCUGCUCUUCUGAAUAAUAUCUACACACCUCUCUACAUCAUAACAGGAGAGAGGGGAGAGGUCAAUGUUCAACAUGAAACCAGACAAGUUCAAGAGGCAAAAUUCAAACCAGUGAAAGAAGAAAUCAACAUUGAAUGUCAUGAAAUCUUCAAACCUGCAUGUGGUGAAAAUAUACCAAUUAGAACUGCUCUAACAUUAGGAGUGGCAGGGAUUGGAAAAUCAUUUGCAUCAAUGAAGUUCAUCCUGGACUGGGCUGAAGGUGGUGUUAAUAAAAACAUCAACUUCAUAUUUCCACUUCCUUUCCGGGAGCUGAAUCUGAUGAAAGGUGGAGAAUACAGUUUUGAGGAACUUAUUCAUCAGUUCUUUCCCAUUAUGAAGACAUCAGAAAUAACCAACUAUGACAAGUACCAAAUUCUGAUUGUCCUGGAUGGUCUUGAUGAAUGUCGCUGUGAUCUAAACUUCAGUGAAAGUAUUCAUUUAGCAGAUGUGAAAAAGGAAAGCACAGUGAAUGUGCUGCUGGCAAACCUUAUCAAAGGCAACUUGCUUCCUAAAGCCCAAAUCUGGAUCACCUCCCGACCAGCCGCAUCCAAUAAUAUCCCUGCUGAUAAAGUUCAGCGGGUUACAGAGGUGCGAGGAUUUAAUGAUGAACACAAGCAGGAGUACUUCAAGAAGAGAUUCGAUAAAGAUUUCGAGGGAAUCUUUUCACAUAUCAAGACAUCGAGGAGCCUUUUCAUCAUGUGUCACAUCCCAGUCUUUUGUUGGAUCACUGCAAAGGUUCUGGAGGACUUUGUGCAACGACACCCAGAAGAGGAGAUGCCCAAGACUUUGACUGACAUGUACAUAUGCUUUCUCUUGCUGCAAUGCAGACAGGCUAAUGUGAAGUAUGAAAAAGACAAGACUGAUUCUUGCUGGAACGAAAGAAACAAGGAAACAAUCUUAUCUUUGGCACAACUCGCCUUUGAAGAGACAGAGAAAGGAAACUUUCUCUUCACGCAAGAAGACCUGCCAGGUCACGUUGACGUAAAGUCUGCGAUCUUCUCUGGGUUAUUUACUCAGGUCAAACGAGAGUGUAGUGUGCUGCAGAAGGACUUUUUCUGUUUUGUCCAUCUGAGCAUUCAAGAGUUCCUGGCAGCUCUUCAUGUGUUUUAUACAUUCAAAAACAGUGGUGAAAAUCUGCUAAUGAAGCAAGCUUCAGCAGCUGCAGCCUUUUCUGCGUCAGACUUCUACAAGACAGCAGUGGACAAGGCUUUAGACAGUAAAAAUGGAGACUGGGAUCUGUUCCUUCGCUUCCUGCUUGGUCUUUCUCAGGAGAACAAUCAAGACUUACUGUACGGGUUGCUGGAAAAGUCCCAAAACAACGAGACAAAUGAGGAAACAAUUGAUUACAUCAAAGGGAAGAUCAGUGACGAAAUCAAGGAUUCAGAUAAAAACCUCAACCUUUUCCACUGUUUGAAUGAGCUGAACGAUCACUCUCUCGUAAAUGAAGUUAGGAAGUACCUGCAAUCAGAAACACUGCCAUUUGAAAAGUUCUCUGCCUCCCAGUGGUCAGCUCUGACUUUUGUUCUGCUGAUGUCAGAUGAGAAUCUUGAUGUGUUUGAUCUGAAGAAGUACCAGAAAUCAGAGAAGGUUCUUCUGGGAAUGUUGCCAGUCGUCAAAGUAGCUAAAACAGCUUUGUUGAGUUGGUGCAAGCUCUCUGAGGAGUCUUGUAAAGGUCUAACAUCCUCAGUGCUCAGUUCUUCAUCCUCUAAUCUCACAAAGCUGGAUCUGAAUCAUAAUGAUCUGCUGGAUUCAGGUGUGGAGCUGCUUGCUGAAGGCCUGGGGAGUUUGCAUUGCCUACUAGAGACUGUUAAUCUAGCAGGCUGUCAGGUGACAGAGAAAGGCUGCUCUGCUAUAGCCUCAGCUCUAAAUUCCAACAAACAUUCCCACCUGAAGCAACUGGAUCUCAGUUAUAAUCAUCCAGGUGACAACGGGUCAAAGAUGCUGACUGAUAUAAAAGAUGAUCCAAAAAAGAAACUGAACACUCUGUGUUUGGACCAUGGUGGAAUACAUCGGUUAAAGCCAGGACUGAAAAAAUAUGGUGUAGAUUUGGUGUUUGAUAUAAACACAGCAAACCGGAGGCUUUCUGUACUGGGCAAGAAAGUAAAAACUUCAGAUGAUGUGAGGGAGAGGGAUGUCACCUUGAAGCAGGACAAAAGUAAAUGGACUAACAUUUUUUGUGACAGAUCUGAAAUGCUAAACAAAGGCUUAACCGGCCUCUGCUACUGGGAGGUAGAGUGGGCAGGAAGGGUGGGCAUUGCAGUGGCAUAUGAAAAAGUGGGCAGACAAUUGGACAAAAGGGGUGGCCUCGGGUGCAACGACAUAUCAUGGAGUCUGGAAUGCUCAGCGACUGGAUACACUGCCAAGACUGGAAACAAAACGGUUCGUAUUAAAUCUGAGGUUUGCCAGAAAAUAGCAGUGUUUCUGGAUUGGGACGGUGGUCGUCUGAGUUAUUACAGUGUUACACCAGCAAAGCUGAGCCACAUCCACACCUUUUAUGCCAAAUUCACAAAACCACUCUUCCCAGGCUUCUGGUUUAAGAAGGGCUCUGUGACUUUGUGCAACAUAGACUGAACUCCUGAACUCCAUGUGGCAGGAAAAGGUAAUUGUACUUGAUGAUAGCUACGCAAAAGCAGAACUGCAUCAUUUCAGUACAACGAUAUGUGAGAUUAAUUGGUCAUGCUGUUCUUUACGGGAAAGCUCUUCAGUGGUACUGACACUGAGGUGAUGAGCUGAACAGUUUAACGAAUGAACAAAAAAACCUAAAAACAAUAAAUUAAAACUGUGACGCACAAGUUGUUAACAACUGUUUACACUGGGAGCAUUUCAUUUUAACAUGUGUACAUAAUUAUUGUAUUCACAGUAUUAAAGUAAUUUAAAGUUGUCAGAGGCAGUUUUGAGCUCACCCACUGAUGGUCAUACAAGUAACAUGUAGAAUACAGUAAACGACUCCUCGACUAAGACGAUGAUGACGACAAAAAAAGAAA